CUGGGACGCGCCGAACUCUAGUUUCCAAAGUUUUUAGGAGGAGCUAUGGAUAGCGGAUGGACAAAAAGUGACUUUCUGCCGUGUUAGCCGCCUACGAAACAGAUGGAUGACAUCAACGUACUACACCACAGAUGCCUCCUGAAUCUGAGGCGCCGAAUCAGAGAUAUUGGGGAUGGACGCCCUGCACAGGAACGAUACAUGAGGCUACAGAAGGAUGGAGACACACUCAGUUACCAAGGGAACUCUGAAGAGGUGGGUUGCUAUGUGGCUGGCCAUCCUUUAUCAAAGGGAAAUUGCUACUUUGAGGUGACAAUAGUGGACACAGGGGUGAGGGGGACCAUUGCUGUGGGGCUGGUGCCUAAAUUCUACAGGCUGGACCACCAGCCUGGCUGGCUGCCAUACUCUGUAGCUUACCACGCUGACAACGGCAAGUUAUACAAUGGCAACCCUGUGGGACAGCAGUUUGGGCCAAAGUGUGCUCGUGGGGACCGUAUCGGCUGCGGCAUUCACUCAGAAAAUAUUGAAGCGGGUUUUACUUCAGUCUUUUUCACCAAAAAUGGCAAAGAAGUGGGUUCAGUGGAGGUUCCUGUGUCGGCAGAGGGACUGUUCCCCGCCAUAGGGAUGCACUCCAUGGGGGAAGAGGUGAAGGUGGACCUGCAGGCUGAGUGGUACCUGGAGGAAGACGACAGCAUGAUGAUGGUGGACAGCCACGAAGAUGACUGGGGGCGGCUCUACGACGUCAGAGUCAGCGGCACGCUCUUGGAGUAUGUUGGCAAAGGAAAGAGCAUCAUGGACGUGGGUUUGGCCCAGGCCCGCCAGCCACUCACCACCCGCUGCCACUACUACGAAGUGGAGAUCGUUGAUGCUGGGGAGAAGUGCUACAUUGCCCUGGGCCUGGCAAGAAGGGACUACCCCAGGAACAGACACCCGGGAUGGAGCCGAGGGUCGGUGGCGUACCACGCUGAUGACGGGAAGAUCUUCCAUGGCAGCGGGGUCGGAGACGCUUUCGGUCCUCGCUGCUUCAAAGGUGACAUCAUGGGCUGCGGCAUCAUGUUCCCACGAGACUACAUCCUGGACGGAGAAGGUGAAGUGGACGACUGGGAUCGGCUGGGCGUCCGUCCGAGUCACGCCGGCGUCCAGAACGUCCUGUACCUCAAUGAUGAGGAGGAGGAGGAGGAAGAGGAAGAUGGGGAGGAGGUCGACCCAGGACAGGACGGCAGGAAGGUCACGGUUUUCUUCACGAGGAACGGGAAGCUGAUGGGUCGGAGGGAGAUGGGGGUCCCUCCCGGGGGCCUGUACCCCACUGUGGGGAUGCUGAGCAGCGGAGAGAAGGUCAAAGUGGACUUGCACCCCCUCAGUGGAUGAGCUGAGCGUGGACUGGACUCGUGACGCCCUGCACACAGCUGGCUGCACUGUAGAGCUCACCCUCGGUAGCCUAGCAUGCUGCUAACACUCGCCACUCAGUUCAGCCGCACACGUGCACGUCGCUGCCCUCGACGCUGCCUCUUUGUUUUUAUUUAUAAGACCUGUACAUUUUCACAGUACUCACAGAAACCAGAAGGAGAGCAGAGAGGUCGUACAGCAUGCACGAGCAGACAGCCGCGCCUCCAGCUAAAAAAAAAAAAGGAAGAUAUUUAACUGUUAAUUCUAUGCAAUUUAUAUUGCUAUCACCCUCAUAUCUAACCUCCCUCUGCAUGCAGUGUGUGUCUGAAACACCGAGCUGUGAAAUCCCUCUCAUAAGGUCUGGCACACUUUGUUUAUUUCAUUUGUCACGACCCCAAGCAAAGCAGAGCGAGGCCAACAGUUGUGCCGAGUCAGAGCCUGCUGCUGGUUCAUGUUUCAGGGAAUAGACUCUCUCUCCCUCUCCCUCUCCCUCUCCUCCCUUUCCCUUUCCCUCUCUCUCUCUCUCUCUCUCUCUCUCCCUCUCCCUCUCCCUCUCUCUCCUUCUCUUUCUCUCUCUCUGUCUCUCGGGGCGAGGCUGCCCUCCUGUGAGCGCUCGGAGACCUGCUGUUGCCCCUCCCUCUCUCUCUCUCUCUCUCUCUCUCUCUCUCUCUCUCUCUCUCUCUCUCUCUCUCUCUCUCUCUCUCUCUCAGCUCUCCGUUGCUCCGGCUGGAAGCGAGCCGUGGAUCUGUUGCAAUAUUUCAGCAUCAUUCUGUAUGAGAUUAUGGCAGGAGGAGGAUUAAUAUUAUUAUUAUAUUACAGGUUUUGGCAAUCACAACCUCACAUACUGUACGGUGCUGCUGCUGAGCGGCGUCAGGUCGGACUGGACGAGUGUUUUUGUUGUUUUUGGGGAUAAAAACAGGUAUAUUUUCUGUGACGGGGAUCUGCAAAAUACACGUUUAAAUUUAUCUUCUACAUCCAAAGUUCAGGGAAUGUGUUUUGGUUUUUGCACUUCAGGGAGUCUGGGGAGACAUUUAGAGCAGACAAGAAGACAGCGGGAAAUUAAAAUAAACACCUUCCAGUAUAACUCAGUCUGACACAAUCAUAAACCAUUAAAGGAAGAAGCUGUGACACUUUCUGUGAAGCCCGUCAUCAAAUUUCAAAACUGAGCGCCAUAAAAAGCAUCCUGAAAGUAAAAUGUGACAUCAGUGUCGGGGCUGAAUCAUACUGUAAUGUGUUCUAAUGUGUUUUACUGCGUUAGUUUUACUCUCUGUGCAUGUUUUCCCUCAAUACAAAGAGUUAUUUCCCGUCUUUACUUUGAAUUUCUUUCCACUUUUUUUUCCACCAUAAACUCUAAAUGAUGUGAUACUUUGCGGUUCAGUUUAAAAGAAGAGAACGAAAAUGAUCAGCUCGAGUUAAUUUCUUGCUUUUCUCUCGCAAUGCCAUAUGUGAUGUGAAAUUAACUGCUGGAUGUUUCUAUUGUUGUUGUUGUUGUUGAUGUUGUUUUUUAAAGAUGAAGACAAUGAUGUUUGGUUGCUGCAUGUUUGUGUCGGAGGUCUGAAUCACAAAGACAGAUUCCUGUUUGAAAUUUUUUUUCAGGCUGGAUUCUCGAGUCUCAGAGCUGCAGCAGAUAUUUUUCAUUAUCAAUGAAACUGAUUGUGAUUUUCUUGAAUGACUGCAGACUUGAAUGCACAUUCGAGUCACAGCCGAGCUCUGAGGACGGCUUGUAUUGAUGAAAAUCAGCCUUUAGCUUGCAGAAACUGUUUAGAUAGAAAACAAUGUUCCUCUGAUGACUUACUGACACAGGAACAACCAAUCUGUGAAGAUCUUCCAGCUCAGAAUGUUCACUUUAUUCUCAUCAUUUAAUUUUUUUUCUUGAAGUGCAUAAUGACAAAAAAUAGUCUUCCUCUCAUUAUUUUUUUUCUACUACCUUGCCCUGAUCCUCUUCUGUUUAAUACAGUCAUGGAAAAAAUAUUAGAUAGAUAAUAGAUCGUUUUCUUCAUUUUCUUGUUCAUUUUAAUGUCUGUUACAACUAAAGGUACAUUUGUUUGGACACAUAUAAUGAUAACAACAAAAAUAGCUCAUAAGAGUUUUAUUUAACAGCUGAUAUCUAGACCAUUUUCAAUGGUUUUCUUGAUAAUGACCAAAAUUAUUAUCAAUAAAAUCAUGGAAAAUGUCUAGAUAUCAGCUCUUAAAUUAAAAUCUUAUGAGCUAUUUUUGUUGUUAUCAUUAAAAUUGUAAAUGGACCUGCACUUAUAUAGCGCUUUUCUAGUCGCUUUGCAACCACUGGAAGCGCUUUACACUACAGACUGCGCUCAUUCACCCUUUCACACACACAUUCAUACUGGUGGCAGAGGCUACCCUAAACGGUGCCACCUGCCACCAUCGGGAAUUCAUUCACACAGCGAUGAACGCAGCAUCGGGAGCAAUUUGGGGUUCAGUAUCUUGCUCAAGGAUACUUCGACAUGUAGGCUGCCAUGGACAGGGAUCGAACCACCAACCCUUCGAUCGAUGGGUGACCGCUCUACCAACUGAGCCAUAGCCGUCCAAACAAAUGUACCUUUAGUCCAGUACCAGGCAUUAAAAUGAACAAUAAAUGAAAGAAAACAAGGGAGGUCUAAUAUUUUUUUCCAUGACUGUAUAUACAAAAACUGUUUAGAUAGAAAACAAUGUUUCUCUGAUGACUUGCUGACACAGGAGCAACCAAUCUGUGAAGAUCUUUCCAGCUCAGAAAGUUCACUUUAUUCUCGUUAUUCAAACUUUUUUUUUUAAGUGUAUAAUUACAAAUAAAGUCCUCCUCUCAUUAUUUUUUCUCCUACCUGGCCCCGAUCCUCUACUGUACAUUGUGUGUCAAAGAAAUGUUUUCCUUGCUACCAAAUAACAGACUUUGAUUUUGGUUUAAACUUACUUAAUUACUGAAGCACCAGUUCUCCAGAAUCACCCGUGUUGGGCUCGGUUAAACCAAAAGGACUCAGUGGAAAUGUCUUUGUGGCACAGACCUCAGAGCUGCAUCAAUCUCUGCAGGUGAAAGAGAAAUACUGUCUGAGUCUGAGCGUCAGUGGGAGCUGGUUUCCACACACUCAGAACCAUUUAAAUUUUAUUAUAUUGUAUUAGCCAAAACCAUCACAUCCCUCUUCAUCCUCCUACGUCUGUCUGUCCGCUACAACAUGAAGUACGACGUAAAUUCCUCCUGUGAGGAGCAGGCAGCAGGUUUCAUCAGAACAAACCGUGAUGUAAAAAUGAUGACGCAGGGUUAACUGUUAAAUCAUCUGCUGGAAAAUGUUUGUUUGUUUGUUUUUAGCUGUCCUCAUGCAUCUUAUUCUAUCUAGAGCCAUCGCUGAUGUUAAAAAUAAAUGUGUUUUUCUUGUCCUGCAGGGCUGGAAGCCCAUUUCAGCCAAUGUGAGGGGGGAAAAAAGGCUUUAAGUCAUUUUAAAGAGAAACUUUCAUGAAAUUGUGACUAAACAGAAAGAGUUAGUAUCUUUUGAGAAAGGUUCUCAUUAUUUUUGAGGAACUUAGAGUUUGUUUAGACAUGCAGUAAACCUCUGAACCCCAAAGUUCUCUUUUAGAGAUCGUCAAAAAUCAGCCGUUAAUGGUAGAAAGAAACCGUAAAAACAGCCAUUAUUGUCGGAAUCUAAACUUUCCGAUAGUCCUUGAACAGAUUGGUUACGAAAAUUUCUCUUAGAAAAAGUGACCAAACGAAGCUUAAAAUGUUGAUAUUUGUGUCAGAGUCUCUUUAUUCUGUGUCAUUUAAAACAAAGCACUAACCAGAUCCUGUUAAAAACAUUCAAUUCUGCUCCUCAGAGACACUGUGAAGACAUGAUUGAUUCUGCUGAGACCAACGGGCACGUGACAAAUAUUCACUGAAAAUCUGUUUACACAGUAGAGAGGAGAGGACAGGAGAGGCUGUUUACACAGAGCAGAGAGGAGAGGACAGGAGAGGCUGGAAAACAUGACAAUACUUCAAUAUGUACAACAUGUGGUGACAAUUUUUUUCAACUUGAGCUUUUGUUUUUUUCUUAUUUCUCUCAUUCCAUAGAGCUGCAUGAUUUAUAGAAUUAAUACAUAUUUUAUAUAUUUUAGUGAAAUACAAGGACACAGAGAGUAAAAUGUAAUAAGAGCAAAAAAACGCCCUGAAACAGCUCGUUGGGGUUCAGAGAGUGAACAGACUGUUGUGAUGGGUAAUUCAGAGAUUUUAGUCUCUUCGAAAUCUCCUAUGCAUUUUAGGAUGAGUAUCAUCGCUGCAUUUAGUAAAUCAUGUAUCAUUGCACAAGUUGAAAUCUUCCCCCUGUAUUUCUGCAGCAUGUGGUCAGGAAUUACACAUUGCAGGUUGUUUUCGAGGAAGGUUUCUAUUAUGACUUACAGGAUCUUUUUCUUUCAUCACAAGGCAAAGUUUUCAUCUCAUUUUUUCUUUUCCUGGCAGAAACGGGCUUCCGUCUGAUAGAGACUUACAUUCAGGUUGUUUCAGCCUGAACUGUUUGAACUUAUUAUGCUAGAAAGUGCAAAGAUAUUAAUGAGCCACUGAUGUGGACGCUUCGGGCCACGUCUAACGUUCAGGGUAUUUAAAGUCACUUGUAAUGAAGUUUACUCAGAUUCUCAGUUUACAAAAAAGUUUCACGGUUCAACCAAAUUAGAGUUAAAUCAGUUUUGUUUUGUAGCGUCUCUGACUUUAC